CAGUUUUAAAUCACAUUGAGCUCCACCGACUCUCAGUUUGCAUCCUCCUCUCCUCCCCUGAGCUCACUCGCUCUGAGCUUGCCCUCUGUUUCUCCUCCUCUCUGCUGGUUGCUCUCCCCGUCGACCUUGUGAAGGCUCUUGUAAGGUAUCUUCCUCUGUACAUCUGCAACAACUUUUAACCUAAAGAAAUAAAAAAAAAUUUUCACCUCCGAAAUCUGCAAAACACUGAGACACAACUGUCGCCAUGGAGGCCAUCAAAAAGAAGAUGCAGAUGCUGAAGUUGGACAAGGAGAACGCCAUCGACAGGGCAGAACAGGCUGAGUCUGACCAGAAGGCAGCAGAGGACAAAUGCAAGCUGCUGGAGGAUGAGCUGCUCGCUCUGCAGAAGAAACUUAAGGGAACAGAAGAUGAGCUGGACAAGUACUCGGAGGCCCUGAAGGAUGCUCAGGAGAAACUGGAACUGUCAGAGAAGAAGGCCACAGAUGCAGAGGGCGAUGUGGCUUCUUUGAACCGCAGGAUCCAGCUGGUGGAGGAGGAGUUGGACCGCGCUCAGGAGAGACUGGCCACGGCCCUGCAGAAACUGGAGGAGGCAGAGAAGGCCGCAGACGAGAGUGAGAGGGGCAUGAAGGUGAUUGAGAACAGAGCCAUGAAAGAUGAGGAGAAGAUGGAGAUCCAGGAGAUGCAACUCAAAGAAGCCAAACACAUCGCUGAGGAGGCAGACCGCAAAUACGAGGAGGUUGCACGUAAACUGGUAAUUCUUGAGGGUGAGCUGGAGAGAGCAGAAGAGAGGGCAGAGAUUGCAGAACUUAAGUGUGGCGACCUGGAAGAAGAGCUGAAGAAUGUCACCAACAACCUGAAGUCGCUAGAGGCUCAGUCUGAUAAGUACUCUGAGAAAGAGGACAAAUAUGAGGAGGAGAUUAAAGUCCUGAAUGACAGACUUAAGGAGGCGGAAACCCGUGCGGAAUUCGCAGAAAGGACAGUGGCUAAGCUGGAAAAGACCAUAGAUGACUUAGAAGAGGGCCUAUCACACGCAAAAGAAGAAAACAUAGGAAUGCACCAAGUCCUGGACCAAACACUGCAGGAGCUGAAUAGCUUGUAGAAUGCCAAGAAGAACAUCAAACAAUAAAAAAAAAGAAGAGAUUUUCUACAUGCCAUCCAUUCUCUGUAAUUUCACUCUUAUUCCUGGUUGUUAAAACACAUGUACCCCCUUUUUAUAUAUUUAUAGUUAUUUUGUUUCCCUUUAUAAAAAAUGAUUUUGGGUCCAUAUGAUGUUCAGUUUCAGUGCUGGAAAUUGUUUUGUAGGCCAAACUCUGAGCACAAAUAAAACUGAUGAUGAUAAACUGAUAAA